AUGAAUCAAUUACAUGGUUAUAAUUUAACAGAAAUUGCCACUAAAUAUUGUUCUUCAAAUGGGAUACCAAUUUUUGUACCAUCUAAAUACUUGUAUAAUUUUUAUAAUCAAAAUGAUUAUUUUUAUAAUGGAAAAUGUUAUACAAUUUUACCAGGUACUGAAAAAUAUAAUUGGGAAACUUCUUUAAAUAUUUGUAAUGAUAUUGGUUUUGAUUUAUUAGAAAUAACAACAGAUGAUGAAGUAAAUGCAAUACAAACAAUUAUUUUAUCAAAUUUUGAAACAUAUGAAAUUUACAAUUCUGAUUUUUGGAUUGGUGCUAAUGCUAUCUGGUUAAAUACAUCUGGACUUCAAUGGAUAUGGAAUAAAAAAACACUAUUAAAUGAUAGACAAUUAACUAAUUUUUAUUGGGAAAAUAAUAAAGAGGAACAAUUUAUGAAUUAUAAUGAUAAAUGUAUUAAAAUAACAAGAAAUAGUUGGUAUAAACAAUGGAAAGCAACUAGUUGUUUGGAAGAUAAUCGUAUAAUUUGUGAAAAAGAUAUAAACAAUGAAAUUGAAAAAGAAUAUUAUUAUAUUCAAUGUGAAUGUAACAAUGAAUUUUCUGGGUUGUUUUGUAAUAAAACAAAUACUGAUUUAUAUACAAGUAAUAAAUUUAUUUGUAGUCAAGAUAGGUUAUUUUUUUCAUGCCCAAUUAAUACAUUAAUUCAUGUUAAUUUUGCACAAUUUGGUAUAUUUGAUAAAGGUAUUUCAUUGUGUAAUAAUAGUGUUAAAGAAAAAAAUGCAACAUUUAAUUGUACUGAUCCUUUUUCUCUUCAAACAUUAAAAAGUACAUGUCAAGGAAAACAAUUUUGUGAUAUAGAAAAAGUUAAUUCAAUAUUUGAUUAUAGUAUUUGUUCAAAAAAUUCAUUUUCAGGUUUAAAAUAUCGUAUGGAAUGUUUAAAUAAAAAUGAAUUUAAUAAAUGUCCACCUGAUUUUGAUUUAGUUGAUAAUAAAUGUAUAAAACUUUUAUUAGAAGAUAAAAAAAAUUGGUAUGAAUCAAGAAAAAUAUGUAAUUAUUUUAAUGGUGAUUUGAUAAAUUCAAUAACAACACCAGAAAUUGAAAAAUAUAUUAAAAAUAAAAUAUCUAAUAUUACUAAUGAUAAUAUAUAUUUUUGGCAUUUAGGUUAUUUAAGUGACUAUGAAAAAAAUAAUAAUUCAUGUCCUAUGGUAGUAUUUAAUAUUAAUUCUAAUAAUGAACAAAAUAUUAAUAUUCUUGAUUGUAAUGAAAAAAUAAAUUUUAUUUGCCAAAAAUCAUCAUCAAUUUUAUUAGAUGAUUAUUUACAGAUUGACAAGACAAUUAAGAAUACUUUAAAUCAACAAACUAAGUCAUCAUAUUUACAAUCAUCUUCAUUAUCCUUAAGAUGUCCUUCAGUAACAUGGUAUUCAUUAGUAUUUGAAGAAUCUGAUAUGUGUACUAAUGCAACUGCUAUAUGUAGUGAUGAUGGUCAAUUAGCAUACUUACAAUGUGGAUGCUCAACAAAUGAAUGGAUUGGUUUACCAAAUACAAAAAUGUGUGUACAUUCUUUUUAUAAUGAUAUUGAUAAACAAAUAUUAUUAAAUGGAGAUAUUAAUAGUCUUUCUAAUUAUCUUUAUAAUAAUCUUUCUAAUUAUAUAAAAGAUGGAGAAUUAUAUAGUGGUGAUCUUGUAAAAAGUAUUGAUACAAUUAAAAAAUUGAUUGAUUAUAGUCAUAAAAAACUUUAUAAUAAUAUUGAUAAUAUUACUGAUGAUAAAAUAUUUAUUGAAAAUAUUGCUAAAAGUGGUGAUAAAUUACUUUCUGAAGAUAAUAGAGAAAAUUGGAAUUUUUUAAAUGAAAAUGAUGGAAUAAAAAAAAAUAUAUCACUUUUAAUGAAUUUAUUAGAAGAAUUAAUUCAUAAUUCAUGGAAAAAAAAAGAAUUUUCAAUGAAUGAAUCACAAUUAACAAAUUGGGAAUUUUUAUUUAUUCCUAAUUAUAAUGAUAAUUUUGUAACAACCUCUUAUUCUCAUUCAUUAUUACCAUCUGUUAUUGAAAAAACAUUUCCAUAUGUAAUGUUACCCUCAAUGAAUGAUAUUGAAGAAAGUAGUCUUUUUAAAAGAAAAAGACGUAAUUUUGAAAUUACAAAAAAAGAAUUAAGCGUUGCUUAUUAUGUGUAUAAAAAUAUGUAUUGGUUAUUGAAACCUAAUAGUACAAAAAUGUUGAAUAGUUAUGUUAUCGGAACUACAAUUAAUUCACCCAAUAAUAACAUUUAUUUUAAAAAUAACAGUACAGUAAAAAUAAUUCUUAAUCAUAUGCGAAAAAAGAAUAUUGAUAAUGUUACAUGUGUUUAUUGGGAUAAGAAAAACUUUAUCUGGAGCACUUAUGGAUGUUACGUUGACUAUACUAAUAUAGAUUAUACAGUUUGUGCUUGUAAUCAUCUUACAAAUUUUGCAAUUCUCAUUGACGUUAGAGGAGAUGAAUUAAUCACCUUAAAUAAUGGGACAUCGGAUGCCUUAGAAUUAAUAUCAAUAUUUGGAUGUGCAUUAUCCGUAUUAUUUUUAUUUGUUUCAAUAUUAAUUUUUCAAUUUUUACCUUCAAUACAUUCAGAAAGAGUUUAUAUACAUCGUAAUUUAUGUAUAACAUUACUUGCAUCUGAAUUAACUUUUAUAAUUGGUAUUCAUAGAACUUUUCCAGAAAAUGGAUGUAAAAUUGUCGCAAUUAUAUUACAUUAUCUUUUUUUAUCAUCAUUUUGUUGGAUGUUAGUUGAAGGAUGUGAACUUUAUAGAUUAUUAAUUAAAGUAUUUGAACCAGAUGAAAGUUAUAUGAAUUAUUAUUAUACAUUUUCAAUACUUUUUCCAGGAAUUAUUGUUGCAUUUAGUGGUGGAUUUGGAUGGAAAAAUUAUGGUACAUAUGAUUAUUGUUGGAUUAAUGCAAAAAGUGGUCUUAUUUGGACAUUUGUUGGUCCAAUUAUAGGAAUUAUUAUAAUAAAUAUAUGUGUUUUAUUUAUAGCAUUAAAAGUUGUUUUAUCAAUAAGAUCAAGAGAUCGCAAAACUGGAAAUAAAAUUAUGGGAUGGCUUAAAGGUUCAUCAACAUUAUUAUGCCUUCUCGGAAUAACAUGGGUAUUUGGUUUUUUAUCUGCAAUUAAAAAAAUUGAACCUAUAUUUACAUUUAUUUUUACAAUUCUUAAUAGUUUACAAGGAGUAUUUAUAUUUAUUUUUCAUAUUCUUCUUAAUGAAAAAAUUCAAAAAGCAUUGAUAAAAAAUUCUAUACGAUUAUCAUCAAUUUUUCGAAAAUCAAAGGUCUCUCAAUUUAAUAAUGGUACUACUUCAAAUAAUACAUCAAUAACUAACAAUAAUGAAAUAAGUAGUAAAAAUACUUCUUCAUCAUUAUGGAAAAAAAUAAAAAUUUCUUUAUCAAAAGAUAGUGAUGAGGAUGAUGAAGGUACUAUACAUAGUAUUAACCAAAUACCUUGA